AAAAACAAAGAUGGCGGAGAGACUCGGCGCAAAAUUUACAAUUUAGAUUUUCUCUCGUGAAUCACCUGCUUAACGACAAUCACGCUUAACGACCGGUCUAUUGAAUGAGUCUCGUGCUUAUACCUGAAAUAUCUCAUCCGAUUGUCAGCAGCAAAACAAUGAGUUAGCAGAGAAGAGUCUAAACGCCGAGAGAUCAUGGUUGGAAACGGAUCCAAAUGACAUGGAAAACUCUUUGUUUACUAUGGGCAACGUGAAAUACUUAACCAGUUGCAGUAUGCUGAUGUAAAUGGAGCAGCAAAUAAAAGUUACUUGUGCCGCUGCUACUCAUCGUGAAAAUGGUACUUGAAAAGGAUUUUAACAUGCACUUUAUCAACUUUAUCAAAUCGUCAUUUGGUAAAAAGUCGUUUCGGCGUUGUUCACAUUUGGUCAAAUAGAUUAUUGGAAUAAUCUCAUGAUGUCAUAUCGAAGCAAAAGGUAUGCGGGAAGUCAGGGACCCAAGCAAAAACAAAAUAAAGAACCAUUUCAGGAUUUCAACUACAACGGUGCGUCCACUGACGACACUGAGCAUGAAAUGCCGAAAGACGAACUACCGCGAAUAAAUGGAGCCAGGGCAAACGACAAAAGAAAUAUAGAAAACAGGAGAGUUGAUGAACCGUAUAAAAGCAAGAUUCCUGUAGGGCCUAGACGCAUCCCUAAUGCAAAUAGAGAGUCCAAAAACGAAGAAGAAGUAAGAUCUACUAGCCCGGUCAGGGAUCGGGUUGGAGGGCGUAAACAGAAUAGCUAUGAAGUUAGCCCGCGGAAAAACGCAGCAAAAUCGCGAAAUAUUUCCAAGAAAGUGUUUUUUUAUCGUAAUGGAGAUAAGCACUUUAAAGGGAGUACAUUAAUUGUCACUAAACAGAAGUAUGGGUCAUUUGAAAGUCUUGAGGAAGAUUUGUCUGCGAGGAUACCUCUACCAUAUGGCGUGCGGUAUGUGUUUGACAUGGAGGGCCACUUGGUUACCGAUAUAAACCAACUUGAAGACGGAGGAGUGUACGUUUGUUCGUCUGGUGAUCGACUGAUACAAAAUAUAAAUUACGGAGAAGAGAAACUAAGACAAGAGCAAACUAUUGACACAAAACCAACUAUGCCUUCUGAUCACUCAUCUAGUUCUGAAAGCCCUAUGUCUAAGAGCAAUGAAACGACAAAACCACGCGUGAUUACCAUUUAUAAUAGUAAGGAAAAGACAUCAAAGUGUAAAAUAUUACUAAACAGUAAAACAACUAAGAGUUAUGAAGAUAUUCUGAAAGACAUAUCAGAAAUGAUGAAGUUGAAGAGCCAUACACGCAUCAAAGAUUUAUUCACGAAAGAUGGAACUAAGGUUGGAGGAAUGUCAGAAUUGUUUCAUGGCCCUCAGACAUAUUUUGCUGUGGUUGCUCCUGAGACUGUCCCCAAAAGGAACUUGUCCAACCCGUCAUUGCAGAGUAGUGAAGGAUUAUCACCAUCUCAAAGUAGAAAGAUUCAGAGAUCAAGAAAAAAACAGCGCAGAGACCAGCAGGGCAAUCAACAGUCUAUUACUGUCAGAGUCAAGGGCAAAAAGCUUACAUAUUACUCUCCUACAAACAAUGACCGGCUAACAGUAGAUGAAGAUGAUGAUGAAGCAUUUUCCCCUCCAGAUGCAAAACCACAGCUAGAUUGGGUGUAUGGCUACCAGGGAACACAGCACAAUCUACAUGUGCUGCCGUCAGGGGAAAUCCUCUACUUCAUUUCAAGAAUAGUGGUGAUCUACAACAAGAAAAGCAAUAUACAGCGGCAUUACACUGGACAUGCUGAUGACAUCAAAUGUAUGGCUGUUCAUCCCAACCAAUGGUAUAUUGCAACAGGCCAAGCAUCUGGACUGUCUUUAGACCAGAAUGAAAUGAGCCACAUACGUCUGUGGGAUGCAGAGACACUCAUCACUCUCGUUGUGCUUCCACUAGAUGACUACAGUCUCAGUGUUGAGACUUUGGCAUUCUCAGUAGAGGACAAUGGCAAACAGUUGGUGUGCAUUGACAGCAAUGAUGAUUCCUUCAGACUAAACCUUUGGGAAUGGGAAGACAGAAGUCUGUUGACACAAAGCAAGGAGCUCUCAGCUCCUGUGCUGGACAUAGCAUUUGAUCCUGAUGAUAGCAAGACGAUCGUGUCAUGCGGCAAAGAACAUAUCUACUUUUGGCGGUGGCACAAUGGCAAGUUGGAGAGAAAGAAUGGAUACUUUGAGAAGUACCCUGUACCUCAGUACUUGACAUGCAUGGACUUUGCACCAAAUGGAGACAUCUGUACUGGAGACUCUAGUGGGACUGUUACCGUCUGGGGUAAAGUGUCAAAAAAGAUCAAGUUUGUUGUAAGAAAUGCCCAUGAGAAAAGCAUUCUUUGUUUGCGCGUGCUCCCCAAUGGUACACUGCUGACAGCGGGCGGAGUCGAUGGCAGAGUCUGCGCAUGGGACUCCAAUAAAUAUUUCACUACCCCACUACACGAGGCACAGCUUACCGACGAUAUGACCGGUAUAAAUGCACUGGAGCCACUGCUAGUCGAAGACAGUGAUGAUGUGACGCUCUUGGUUGGGACGACGGCUAACAAAAUACUCGAAGGUUCAUUUACAUCUGACUUCAUCCCACUUGUCAAGGGCCACAGUGACGAGGUCCCGGCCCUUGCUGUUCAUCCAAGUAAAGACUUGUUUAUCUCCGCCUCCAUGGACAAGUUCGCUUACUUGUGGUCCGCUAAAGAUCACAAGACAGCCUGGAGCACUGAUGUCGGGUUCUCCAUCAAAUGUGCCGCGUUUUACAACACCGGUAGCGUCGUAGCGCUUGGGUCUACAAAAGGAAGGUGGAUUGUUCUUGACGGGCAGACGGGAAUGCAUGUGUGCUCAUUCCAAGAUGGAACAGAACCCCUGACCGACAUUGAAUACUCACCAGAGGGUGAGCACGUGGCGAUCGCGUCUAAGGACGGCAAUAUCUACGUACACUCGGUGUACGAUGACGGGAUGACGUACAGACGGGUUGGCUGCUGUUCGAACCACACGGCUCCCGUGAUGUUUCUAGACUGGUCUGUUGACGGCUGUUUUAUCCAAAGCAUCUCCACCGAGUACGAGCACAUCACUUGGGAGAUCGGCGCCUUUCAGAGAGAGGAAUCACAGAAUGUGAUCCGAGACACGGAGUGGAAUACUCGUAACGUAGUGCUGGGCUACGACGUGGCAGGGGUCUGGCAGUCCACGCCGACAGAGGAGAACCUGGUGACUAGUUCUGACCUGUCAUGGUCACAUGACCUCUUGGCCGUCGGAGAUGAGCUUGGCUACAUUCGCCUCUUCCGUUACCCAUGCUGCAUUGAGGGGGCACAGUAUCACCAAGUGCGUGCACAUAGCAUGUCCGUGGCACGUGUUCUGUUCCUCGCCUCGGAUAAGUUUCUUUUGAGCACCGCUGGUCAAGAUCGAGCCGUCCUACAGUGGAUCAUGGAGGGUAAAAUGGCGCCGCUCGCUGAAGAGCGGGAAGACGAGCCAACAGACGAACAAACACCUGAACAGUCGGAACCGGACGAUUAUACAUCAACGGAGGAGCGACAGAAAAUUUCUUCCGAAAACUCGGACCAUGAUCGGCAUUAUUCCGAUUACUCGGACGACUCUGAGUAUAUGUCACAGGAAGAGGAACUCCCAACAAGAGCCUUGCAUGUAGGAGACAGUAGGCGACGUACUGACAAAGACAAGACUCCCCGAGUGCAUUCUGAAGGCAACGUUCGUCAAGACACGAGAAAGACCCGUAACCCGACUUCGUACUCGGAAGGAGACGAACGGACACCCCGAAGGAAAAGGGAAGUAGACACAGAUGAAGGGAGACGCAGAGAUCGGGCUCCGAGGCCAAGGAAAUCUUUUGAGGACAUGUUCAGAAAGGAGAAAGAUAAGAAGGAGAAACCUCUAGGGCGUGGUGAAGGUAGAGACUCCCCUCCUCGUCGACGCUCGGACUCGCAAGACGAGUACACAGACGAUGAAGUGAUGAUUAUCCCACCAAGGCGGCUGGUCCGCAAACAGGACUUGGCUGCUCAGAAAGGUGGCUAUGCCUCGCAAAUAGGGAGACGAAACGAGCCCGACCGUGAGCAGCCUAAGCAGAGGGUAGGUAGAAGAGACGAAAGGGACCCUGAUGAUGAGGGUACAGGAAGGCGUAGACGUGGAAGAGGACGGGAUGACAUUGAUAGAGGAAGAGAUGAUGUUAAUAUAGGAAGAGUUGAUAGAGGAAGGGAUGGUGCUAAUAGAGGUAGGGUUGAUGCUGGUAGAGGUAGGGGUGAUGCCGACAGUGGGAGGGGUGAUGCCGACAGAGGGAGGGGUGAUGUUGUCAGAGGGAGGGGUGAUGCCGACAGAGGGAGGGGUGAUGCCGACAGAGGGAGGGGUGAUGUUGUCAGAGGUAGAGAGAAUGGUAACACACAUAGGGGUAAUAGGGAUGGGUAUGCAACAAGACGGGGAGGUGGCUACGCCCGUAAAUAAAGCAAAUAGUAAUGAGAUAUAAAAUUAGAUAUAUCCAUGGAC